AUGACUGCCAGCUAUAAACGUGAUGAAGAUGCUGUUAAUGAGAAGGCUGACAAUGUCUUCUCUUACGCCAUCGGCUUGGGGGCCCUCACUGCCCUGGGCAGCUACAAUCGCUUCAACAACAACUGCUACAAGGACGCCAUCAUACUCGCCCUCAUCAACAGCGGGACCAGCUUCUUUGCAGGCUUCGUGGUGUUCUCCAUCCUGGGUUUCAUGGCCACAGAACAGGGCGUGCACAUCUCCAAGGUAGCAGAAUCAGGGCCUGGCCUGGUUUUCAUUGCCUAUCCACGGGCCGUCACGCUGAUGCCCGUGGCCCCGCUCUGGGCAGCCCUGUUUUUCUUUAUGCUGUUGCUGCUUGGUCUCGACAGCCAGUUUGUAGGUGUCGAAGGCUUCAUCACCGGCCUGUUGGACCUCCUCCCGGCCUCCUACUACUUCCGGUUCCAAAGGGAGAUCUCCGUGGCCCUCUGCUGCACCCUCUGCUUUGUCAUCGACCUCUCCAUGGUGACCCAUGGCGGGAUGUAUGUCUUCCAGCUAUUUGACUACUACUCGGCCAGCGGCACCACGCUGCUCUGGCAGGCCUUCUGGGAGUGUGUGGUGGUCGCCUGGGUGUACGGAGCUGAUCGCUUCAUGGACGACGUGGCCUGCAUGAUCGGGUACCGACCUUGCCCCUGGAUGAAAUGGUGCUGGUCUUUCUUCACCCCACUUGUGUGCAUGGGCAUCUUCAUCUUCAACAUGGUCUACCACGAGCCGCUGGUCUACAACAACACCUACGUGUACCCAUGGUGGGGCGAGGCCGUGGGCUGGGCCUUUGCGCUUUCCUCCAUGCUGUGUGUGCCCCUCCACCUCCUGGGCUGCCUCCUCAGGGCCAAGGGGACCGUGGCUGAGCGCUGGCAGCACCUGACGCAGCCCAUCUGGGGCCUCCACCACCUGGAAUACAGAGCUCAAGACUCGGAUGUCAGGGGCCUGACCACCCUGACCCCGGUGUCUGAGAGCAGCAAGGUGGUGGUGGUUCAGAAGUUUAGUGAGAUUAGAGAGGAGCAGAAUGAAGAACAGCUCUGCUUUGGACUGACCUGCUGGGUCAUGGCUGAGGGUGUUGACACAGCAGUGUCAGGGCAUCAUGCAGCUGUCAUCAGCCCCAUGCCACAGAUGGUACCUCAAUUAUGCAUCCCCUUCCCAGGGCGCCUGCCUCAGCCACACGAGCAGUCUACCUGCCUCUGA